AUGAGCGGAGGUUGGAACACGAUUGAGUCUGAUGCGGGUGUCUUCACCUCCCUCUUAGAGAAUCUAGGCGUAUCAGGCGUCCAGUUCGAAGAGCUCCUGACUCUGGACCCGACGGACCUGGCGGCCCUCCAGCCUCUGUACGGCGUCAUCUUCCUAUUCCGGUACCCGACCGAGACGGCGUACACGUCUCGCGAGAGGCCGCUGGACGGGGAAUUCGAUCGCGGCGCCUCGGACGACAUCUUCUUCGCCUCCCAGACCAUACAGAAUGCCUGCGCCACGCAGGCCCUCCUGAGCGUCCUGCUCAACAGGAAUCGAGCUCCCGCCGCCUCGUCCUCGCCCGGAGAUGUCGGAGACGGCGACGUUGACCUCGGGGACGGGAUGCGCGAGUUCCGCGACUUCGCCAUGGCCCUGCCUCCCGAGCUCCGCGGCGAGGUCCUCGGCAACUCUGAUCUGAUCAGGGGCGUGCACAACAGCUUCGCCCGGUCCAGCCCCUUCGCCGACGAGACGGCCCGUGACGGCGCCGAGGGCGGCGAGGACGCCUUCCACUUCGUGGCCUACACGCCCGUCGACGGCACCCUGUACGAGCUCGACGGCCUCCAGCCGGCGCCCAUCUCCCACGGCCCUUGCGACGGCGAAUCCUUCCCGUCCAGGGUGGUCGACGUGCUCCGCCGCCGCGUCGAGAGGUACGCCGCCUCCGAGAUCAGGUUCAACCUCCUCGCCGUCUGCAGGGACCUGAGGCUGCGGGCGCGCGAGACGGGUGACGUCGACCUCCUCGAGCGCGAGGAGCGCAAGCGCCGCGACUGGGCCUUUGAGAACGCCCUGCGCAGGCACAACUUUGUCGGCUUCGCCGGCGAGGUACUCCGCCACGUCGUGGCCGGUAAGAUCGCCGAAGGCGGCGACGACGCCUGCGACCGCUGGGUGCGUGACAGCCUCGGCAGGAAGACGGCUGCUGCUAGGGCCAUGCGUGGUGGUAUCGAGGAUGUCGAUAUGGCUGGGUGA